AUGGAGCCACGUGAGGUAAAAGAAAUUUUUGCUUUUGAACUCGCAUUUAAAGAGAUUUAUCAAAACUUAUUUUUUUCAACAUCUAUAAGAACACUUAAGGUUCCAAUCUUUCCUGAAGAAUUUAUUUAUGAAGGAUUCGGGAUUAUUUUAAAGUUUUGUAAUGAUGAUGAUCAAAAUGAAGGUGUAAAGGAAGAGAAGGACUAG